AUGCCCGGCGUUCCCCUCGGCGCGCUCGACAACCUCGUCGACAAGCUCAAGCUCGCUUUCAAGAAGCGCCACGAGAAGAAGGGCGUUGCCGCCCAGAAGCCCGCCGAGGAGCAGCCCGCCACCAGCGCUACUCCUGCUCCGGCCCCGACCACGACUGAGACGGCGGCUGCCCCGGCUCCCGUCGCCGCUCCCGCUCCCGCUCCCGCUCCCGCUCCUGCUCCUGCUCCUGCGCCUGCGCCUGCGCCUGCGCCGGUCCAGUCUGUUGAGGCUGCUGCCCCCGCCACUGCGGCUGCCCCUGCUCCUGCGGCCCCGGCUCCUGAAGCUGCCCCCGCCCCCGCCGUCGCCGCUCCAGAGCCUGUUGCAGCCCCGACGCCAGCUCCAGCAGUCCCGGCUGCUGCUCCUGAACCGACUCCCGCCCCUACGACCACCGAAGCCGCCGUUGCAGCUCCUGCCCCGGCUGCCCCUGCUCCGGCUGUCGAGAACCCCGCCCCAGCUGCUACUCCGGCCCCGGCUGUUGCUGCUGAGCCCACUCCCGCUCCUGCUCCAGCUUCAACUCCAGCUCCGGCCGUGACCCCUGCCACCCCGGCUCCGGCCCCUGAGCCCGCGGCCCCUGUCGCUCCGACCCCAACUGCUCCGGCCGCUGCUCCUGUUGAGGCCCCUGUCGCUCCGGCCCCGGCUGCUCCGGCCGCUGCUCCUACUGAGGCCCCUGCCGCUCCGGCCCCGGCUGCGGCCCCUGCUCCGGUUGAGGCUACCCCUGCUCCGGCUCCUGCUGCCCCGGCCGUGACUGAGGUCUCUGCUGCCACUGCCGCAACGCCUGCUCCAGCUGCUGAGGAAAAGAAGGAGGAGGCUGCUGCUGCUGCUGCUCCUGCUCCGGCUACGACUAGCGCCUAA